AUGACUCAAGAUGGCUAUUCACACCACCUCCACAAAACGGGUCAUUGGAUGCCAGCCGACCACAAAACCCACAAAGAAUGGCUCGGCGGAAUCAUCCGAAAGGUUGACGAAAAGCAGACAACGUUACACCCAGUCUUAGAAGAAUUCAAACAGUUAAUCGAAACAAACACAAGAGUAUACAUGCUCCUGACCUCCAUGUUCAAGGAAGUCCCCCGCCAGAAACGAUACGGCCACGACCCAACCGGAAACCCGGAGAUUCGCGAUCAUUCUCAUUUCCUACAAGUCUUGAAUCAUCUUCUUACUACCGCCCCUUCAUGGACUGAUAAAUCCCAUCGCGUUGGCCUAGUUGGUUUACCGAUCAAUGCAGUCCUCGAUUGGCCGAUGGGUACACCAAGUGGUUACGCAGCAUUCCUCGAUCCAGAGAUCAACGCAAUGAUUAAGAAAAUUCUCAAUGUCUGGAGCGAGUACCUGCGCUCACCCGCUUCAGCUGAUGUCCUGAAUUCCUCUUCACACGGCUGGUUCGGCGAAACAGGUCGACGUGAUCUGACAGCCGUUGCGAAGAUCGGUCCUACGGCCGCGACGGAUCUUCAGUUCCAUGAUAUGUUCGAGUGUGACCCCUCCGCACCAAAUCACGGGUUCAACUCUUGGGAUGCGUUCUUUACGCGCGUCUUUAGGGAGGGGAUACGUCCUGUUGCGGAACCGAAGAAUGGGAAGGUCAUUGCCAAUGCGUGUGAGUCGAAGCCGUUUAGAACUGCGCACCAUGUUCAAGCGCGUGAUAAGUUUUGGAUUAAGAGUCAGCCGUACUCUGUUCUUGAUAUGCUUGCUCAUGAUGAGCUUGCCUCUCAGUUCGUUGGUGGUACUGUUUACCAGGCUUUCCUUAGUGCUUUGAGUUAUCACCGCUGGCAUGCGCCUGUUAGUGGAAAGGUUGUCAAGGCUUAUGUUGUUGAUGGCACUUAUUACUCUGAGCCGCUGUUUGAGGGUGUUGGGAACCCGGAGGUGUCGGCUAAUGAAAUUGAUAUGGCUGGUCAGGUUACCUCGCAGGGAUACAUUACUUCGACUGCUACCAGGGCCAUUAUCUUCAUUGAAGCGGAUGAACCGGCUAUUGGACUCAUGGCAUUCAUCGGUGUUGGUAUGGCGGAGGUAUCCACUUGUGAUAUCACUGUCAAGGAGGGAGAUAAACUUAACAAGGGUGAUGAGAUUGGCAUGUUCCAUUUUGGGGGCUCGACUCACUGUCUCUUAUUCCGGAAGGGUGUUAAUGUCUCCGGGUUCCCUGAACCAGGAAUGGAAGACAAUAUGCCGGUCCGAAGCAAGCUGGCUGUUGUGUCUUAA